AGGUGUGGCUGCCAGCGCAGCCCCCCGCGCCGACGCCAGGGGGCUGGAGCUGGCGCGACCUCGCCGAUUGGCCGUGCGCCGCCGGCGCCGCCGCCAGCGCGCUUCGCCCUAGCGGGGCCCCGCGGGCCGCUGCUCACCGAGCCAUUGCCCGCCGGGGGACCAGGCCUCCUCCUCCUCCUCCUCCUCCUGUUCCUCCUGGUCGGAGGCCUGGGGUGGGGCCGACGUCGUCGGCGCGCCUAUCUCCCGUGCAGCGGGCGCCUGCUGCACGGCGUUUUCGCGGGUGCAUGGUUCGACGGGGUGCGCGGGGCGAGGCGCGGCCCGAGCAGAAAAGCGUCGAUGGCGCGGCGGCGCGCGCGGGCGCCCGCGGAGGUUUUGGCAGGCCGAAUUGCGCACGCCUCUCUGCUUUCGACCGGUGGCCCUUCGGCUCGAGGCCAUCCCAGCAGAGCAGCGGGCACGAGGAGCCGCAGGAGUCGUUGUCUGAU